UACCUACCUGAUGAUAGAUGCAACUGUCAGUUUGUAAAAGUGGUUCGUUUUCUUUUAAUAAUAAGUUAAUUAGUUUGAUUUCGUCUGUUUUGAAUUAUGCAUUUAAGUAUAGUUGUGUGAAAAUUGCGAAAAUUCAUAAUUUCUGAUGGCUUGUGAUUUGCUAGGGCCAGGCUGGAAUAUCUCCGAAAAAGGCUUGGAGAUAAUCACCGAAAGUAAUACAGUUACUAACAAGUCUCAAGUAUUAAAAAAUGCGCUCAAUUCUGAUUUAAAAGAAAUCGGUAGUCCAGUUUUAGCUAAAAUACUUAAUAAGAGUAAUGUUUCUCAGGUUGUACUUCAAAUCCAAAAAAUUCGUAAUAUAUCAGCCCCUAAGGCAAACGAGAAGUCUCAAGCAGCCCCCCGUAUGUUAAAGCUAGUCUUAACCGAUGGUGAGACGUACAUUCAGGCAAUUGAAACUUCUCCAACCCCUUCAAUAAGUGACAAAACCCCUCCAGGCACUAAAAUAUUGAUAAGUUCGGCGAAAAUUUCCUCUGGUUAUUUAUUACUUGACUCAAAUAAUUGUUCCUUGCUUGGGGGCAAAGUCCCGGCGCUUUACGAAAAGUGGGAAAUUGCUAAAAGUGUUCACAAUCACAACAGGCAAAAUGCUUCAAGUGAUGGGCCACCAGCUUGGGUCAACUUUGGUUGCAAAAUCCAGUCAGACAUUCAAGACAAACCAUUCAAAUCACUGGACAAUAAAAACCAAGAAGUGAAAGAAAACACUAAAUUUGACUUGCAAAGACAGGACGCCAUAGCUGAGGCUACUUCAGGUGCGGUGAAAAAAGUAUUCGGAGGUGGCACUAAACCAGCACAAGUCCAGCCACAAUUUCCUAAAAAUACGAAAAAAACUGAUUUCCCCAAAAAAAAUCCGAAAACUAAAAAUACUGUAACAGUGGAAAUGGACGAAAAACCGCAAAAACCGCUAGAAAGAGUGUCCCUGUUUGAUUUUCUCGAGGAUAAAUUGCCCCCGAACGAAGUCAGUGAACCUCCCAAAAACCAACAAAAUCAAAAAAAUUACAACACUUUUUAUCACAAUCAAAAUAAAUACAAAGGCGGUUCAAAGCAAGAUAAUUUCUUCAAACCUAGAAACGAGCCACAAGCUCAUAAAAAUGAAAUGAACGGUUUGACUAACAAUUUCGAGAAAAUGGCAAUUAAUACGCAAUUUGCCAGUCGAAGUCUCAAACAGCAUUUGAAUUUGGGGCCGCAGAAAAAAAAUUCGCAUGAAAGUACUGACGUAAAGUGGAAAGUGGGGGACGAUUGUGUUGCGAAAUAUUGGGAGGAUGGCAAAUACUAUAAUGCUAAUAUAACUGCCGUAACUGAUAACACUUGUGUUGUGAAGUUUAAAGGGUAUGGAAAUAUGGAAGAGGUGUUGAAAAGUGAUUGUCUUCCAGUAGAAACUAGCAAAAAAUCUUACUCAGGACCAAUGGAAUUUCGGAGGAAUACCAGGACGUACAGGAGGCAAUAGUCAAUUAUCACACUGUUUUUCUACUAAUAAAUAAUACGUAAAAAAUA